AUGUCGAAAUCAAGUAUCCUCACUUCAAAAUUAUUUUCCCUUUUCUCAACAGCUAGACCCCGGUCAGCUCCAAUCCUACAAACCGAUCUUCCAAAGAACAAAACUGUGCAGGUUGGAGAUAACGUGACAUUUACCUGUAUUGUUCUAGUUAGUGGAACUCUCCCGGAUUUCAGAUGGCUUAAAUGGAACAAAUCCGUCACUUCUAUGCCUAAAACUUACAAAGACAUCUUGAAUGGAUCAUAUCGACUUAUAGACCCAUACUAUUACAAGACUGUUCAAGUUAAAAGUAAUUAUGGUGUCGAGGUGACUAUUGUAAAUGUGACCGAAGAUGAUUUUGGACUCUACACUUGCUCUGUGAGCAAUCAUAUCGGCAGGGAUUUCAGGAGUGCAUACCUCAUCAAAUAUGUGAAACCCACGGUUCCCGUGACAGACAGUUAUCCACCACGUGUUCAAGGCACUCCAAAACUACAGUAUGUCACUCGAUUAGGAGGCAUAAAACGUUUAAGAUGUGCUGUGACGGGGCUCCCUCCACCGUCUAUCACGUGGAUCAAAAAUGACCAGCCUUUCCACCAGUCGGAAAGGAUAAGAAAACUAACCAAGGACAAAACUAUAAAGAUCAAAGGAGUUCGACUUGAGGACCAAGGUAACUACACCUGCAUUGCUGAAAAUCCUCUAGGUAAAGUCAACCUGACGCUCCAGCUACACGUGCGUCGUGAUGAAAAUCUGACAGCUACUGAUUCACCAUCAGCAACUAAAAGGCCUACAGCUGAGCAUCAGGCCAGAGGUAAGCAAGCAGGUAAGAUCUACAGAGGAGCACUUAAUGACUUUGUUCUUUUUGGUUUGCCAAAGCCACCCUAA